AUGAGGUCUGUCCUUCUUUUCAUCCUGGCUCUGCUUCUCGUCAGCCAUUCGCAAGUGGAAGCCGGCAGCCGACUCUGGGAAAGGCCUCAUAAUCACGCGCAACCUAGAUGGGCUCAUUUCCCUCCUCCCGAUGAGAAUGGAGAAGCAGCAGCCUACCCCUGGCCCGACAAGGUGAUUCCAGUUUGUUUUAAGAACCCCGUCGCCAAACAAGUACUCGCCCCGUUUUUAAGGAAGGCCAUGGACCUGUGGUACGCAGCAGGGCUUCCGGAAUCUUAUAAGCUCGAAGAGGCAUCGGACCACAGGUGCGCCAACCAGCCACUGGAAGUCUUGAUGGUGCGUUUGGCUGAGAAAGACGAACCCUUCUCAACGACCGUUGGUAGGCCCCGCAGUUUGAGAGGCGGAGACGGCGCGAGGAUGAAAAUCAAUCUCGUUACCGACCUGCUCCCUGAUGUAACAGCCAACAUUGCACACGAACUCGGCCACAGUUGGGGCCUGUUCCACGAGCAUCAAACAUCCCAGUUCUGGGACCUCACGACGGGCAUGCCUAAGUUUUUUACAUUCAACUGCGAGGCAUUAUCGGAUUUCCCUCUCCACGCAGACAAGACUUUUGCUCAAAUAUAUUCAGUAGCGGGCAUAUGCCGCAACUACUAUACAGCACUGAGCUUCGGAUUCGGUGCUACGGAGUUCCUGGCCAUUCCCUUUGCUACAAGCCACCUGCAGCACAUGACCGGUGUGUCGGAGGAUGACGUGGACUGGAAAUCUAUUAUGCUUUAUCCGUCCAACAUUGGCAGCAGAUUCCAGCAUAUGUUCCCGUUAGAGCAUAAGAGAGUGAGCCCUAAUCAACCAGUGGAGGAAGUUAAAAUUCAACCGAAUAUCGUGCCAUCGCCCAGGGAUGUUGAGGGAAUUCGCCACAUAUAUGAAUCUCCUCAACAGGUUUUAGUAGCAAGUCUUCUGAAUGACCCUACUUCAGCGCAUUUCCAACAAUUUCAGCAAUUAGCCCCAGGGUGCGCCUGAGAUGGCCGCGUGGAAGAUACAAGUUGCUCAUAGGAUUGGAACUGUGUUGUAUUCUGAUGAAGAAAAGCGCCAGAAUCGCAGCUAAACCUG